CGGCCUGGCUCCGGCCCGCCCCACCGCUCCCGGGCCUGGCCGCAGCGUGCCGGGGCCAGCCUCCCUCCGGGCCCGCCCCACCGCCCCCGGGGCGGGCCGCCCCCCGCCGCGACUCAUAUAGGGGCUGCCGGGGGUGCCGCCGGCACUGGCUGCGGAGCGGAACGCUCUCCCCUUUCUUCCGUCCCGGCAGCUGCUUUCCCUGGGCGACGCAGGCUCCUCCCGGAGAGAGGCGGCUGUCCCGUCCCGUCGCGGCUAUGGCCUCCGUACCCUCCGCCGGCUGCCUCCUGGCCAAGAACCAGUACUACAGGACAAGACAGAACUCGGAAUCCAGUGUUUGUUCUAGCUCCUCCUGUUGUUCAGAUCCUGUUAACAUUGCCGACCAGGACAAAACUUUUCAUGGAUUACCCGAAUUAAUUGAUAAAUGUUGGUGGAUAAAAAGCUUUUUCCAUAGUGAACCGUCUCCACCAACUGUUGGCAGAAAAACACUGUCAGCAAGCAGUACCAACAGUUGACUAGGACAGCAUGCUGGCUUUUCUGACUGAGAUACUACGUACAGACUUGUUUUUCUAUGAGGCUUGGGAUCUUCCUAAUGUCUGGGUUCAGCUGCAAGAAGAAAACAAAACCUUUAGGAAAGUGGAAAAGUGUAUUUGCAAAAUAUUUGUCAGUAGCUUAAAUAAUAUUGCUUAAUGGACAUAUCCAUUGCCUACCUUGUUCAUUACAGAGUUGCUGUAAUUUGAGAUGUCUCUCUAAUGGAAGUUACCAAGAUUAAAUAUCUUGAUGACUUACUUGGUUAGUUAGAGAAAAAUGACAGUAAAAGUAAGAUAUUUUAGGUUUAGGAGAAGUGUGUGUAUUGAGUAACUCUGCAGUAGGUGAUACUGUUAAGUUUUACCUUUAAGAUACCAGCUCUAUGGGCAGUCACACCGAGGCAAACAAGAUUCUGGACUAUGUCAGAGUAGGACUGCUGUAUGGUACAUGUUUUCUAUCAAGUAUUUGUGUACCAGUUACAGGGAGUAAGUUUACAAGAAUGCUUGUUAAUAGCUUUGCAUUUAGAAAGCCCAGUUACACGAAGAAACUGAUUGGUUUGGCCUCUUGAGAAGGGUACAUAUGUCUCAACCUCAAAUACGCUGUACGACUCGUACAUAUCUACACAUGUUGCUAUUUGAGGAAAAUGAUACAAGAGGUAGAUGGACACUGACAUCCUAGCUCUGUGUUGGAUUACUCUCACCUGCAUUGCUGUAGCUUAAAGAGCUACUUGUUCUCAUGUGACUAAUACUAUCAAUAUUCCCUACUGUCUGUCAGCUUAGUUAUGUGCUAGGUCUGGCCAAGUGUUCAACUCAAUCGCAUUGAUGUUAUUAACCGAGUCUACCUUUGUCGUGAUUCAUGCUCUUUAAGAUACUUUAACAUAAUUUCAUUUGGUCUUCAGCAUUGUCAAAGCAAUACAGCAGAUUUAUUUUACCAUGUAUGACUGAAAUGUGUUUAGAGGUCAUAGAAAAUAACAAGUAUUUGGUUGGGUGAUACCAUUUCUGUAAAUUAUCUAUGCAACUUUUUUGAUGUACUAUCACUAAACGUACUUGACUUUUGUCCAUCACUGGAUGACCUGACAAUAGCAAACAUUAAUGUAGCCAGCAUUUUUCAUUGUAGGUUAAUAGGUGGUCAUGGUUAUGCAUAACUCCAGAGUGUAUCAGGUGGUUGCUUCAGAAAGCUUGCAGUCUUGGUGAAGACAAUAAGUUGCAUAUGACAACAGAAAAGAACACCAUGCUGAAAACGUAGUUUCAGGAGUCAUUAAAUUUACUUGUUACAUAUCUGACUUCACUGCUCUUGUGUAGUGUCAUCUUUGUCCUUUCUCUAAAUGUACAGAAUGAACUAUUUUUUAUACUAAUAUGUUUUAUUAAUAAAAAUUUAAUCAGUA